UUGCUUUCUGUCUCUGCUACUGCUUGUUUGGUAUCAGAGAAGACAAUGUCGAACGGUAUUCGGUAUUUCGCGCUGAACACUGGAGCGAAAAUCCCAUCCGUUGGUUUGGGCACGUGGCAGUCUUCAAGUGGCGAAGUUGCCGAUGCGGUCAUCUCGGCCGUUAAGGCGGGCUAUAGGCAUAUUGAUUGUGCUCGAGCAUAUACCAACGAGAAGGAGGUUGGUUUGGCUUUGAAGCAACUCUUUGAAGAUGGGGUGGUGAAGCGUCAUGAUUUGUUUAUCACCUCAAAACUAUGGUGUAACGAUCUAGCACCGGAAGAUGUGCCUGUUGCAUUGGAAACAACCUUGCAAGAAUUGCAGCUCGACUAUGUUGAUCUCUACCUUAUCCAUUGGCCCAUCCGAACAUUUAAGGACAUUCCUGGCUUCCAGCCUGAAAGCUUUGCCCCACUCGACAUACCUAGCACAUGGAGAGCAAUGGAACAACUAUAUGAUUCUGGCAAGGCACGUGCCCUUGGUGUGAGCAACUUUUCCUCAAAGAAGCUGGGGGAUUUGUUGGCGGUCGCACGUGUACCUCCAGCUGUUGACCAGGUGGAAUGCCACCCUGGUUGGCAACAGGACCGGCUCCGUGAAUUCUGCAAAUCUACAGGAGUUCACCUAUCUGCUUAUUCGCCGUUGGGGUCCCCAGGCACGACAUGGAUGAACAGCGAUGUCCUUAAGAACCCAAUCUUGAACAUGGUCGCAGAGAAAUUGGGCAAGAGUCCUGCACAAGUCGCUCUCCGCUGGGGCCUCCAAAUGGGUCAGAGUGUACUGCCCAAAAGCACAAAAGAAGCGAGGAUAAAGGAAAAUUUCGAUGUAUUUGAUUGGUCUAUUCCUGAGGACUUGUUGGCGAAAUUCUCUGAAAUCCAACAGAGGAGACUAGUUAGAGGCCAAUUCAUCUGUCAUGAAACUCACAGCCCUUACAAAAGUGUUGAAGAAGUUUGGGAUGGUGAGAUCUGAGAAGCAGGCUUGUUGCAUGGUCGAGUUCUUGCAACCAUUCAUCAGAAAUUCAAAAUGGCCGAGUUCUUGCAACCAUACAUCAGAAAAUAUCUCCAUCGAUUUUUAUUUUUUAUUUUUACAUUACAAGUACUGAAUUUGUGUUUCUUUGAAAUCCAAUUAAAACCCAAAGUUUACCGUCUUUGGUUCCUUUAAUCUCCAAACUAAGGGGAAAUAUUUGGUAGGAAAGAAUACACCAUUGAUUGAUAAUGUGGUUGGGAAAUAUGAGAUUUGAGUGGUGGGGAUGAAAAGGUAGAAAUACAAGUAUUCUCCUUUCGGGCCAGCAUAUGGCCAUAACUAUGGGAGAUUUAAGAAAGUAAUCUUGUUAUUGAGGUCA